AUGAGGAUUCCCUCUGUUGCUUUAAAUGAGAAUUUCUCAGUUCAGAUCGCAAAGGACGCUCAUGUACAAUACGAUCCACAUGCAUUUGGAUCAUCACAUGGUAUGGGUGUAUUGAACGAUCGGCAUUCAUAUUUCCUUCUCGCUGAUAAUGGCACAUGUUCGAGAUACGGGGCUGAUCUGCACCUCCGACAAAACCUUGAAAAUUAUCUGGCAGGUCGAGCUGAUGAAGACGGUUCAAGGAAGAUGCCUGUUGUUUGUGCCGUUCUGGAAGGCGGUUCCAAUUCGCUCAUAGCUAUACAUAAGUACUUAACGCAAGAGCCCAACAUUCCAGUGAUUGUGUGUGACGGUAGUGGGCGUGCAUCGGACCUGCUGGCUUUCGCUGCCAGAUAUCUAGACGCUGAUGGUUCAUUCCAAGAAGAGGUUCGAGAGCAGCUGCUAUCUCUGAUCUCCACUGUAUUCCCUGAUAAUCAAAGGCAACCGCAAGAGAUUCUGGACUUGAUCACCCAAUGCGUCAGAAAAACUGAUUUGUUGACGAUUUUUCGCUAUGGUGAAGGGAAAUCAGAGGACGUUGAUCACGCCAUACUGACAGCGGUACUGAAGCGACAGAAUCUCAGCCUACCCGAACAGGUGCGACUCAGUCACUUUUUUUGCCUUGACGUCUUCCAAAAAAUUUUUCACUGA